CUUCAUUAUCAUACACCAUGUUGGAGUGGUAGUCAUCACCAUAAAUACACUCGCGCAAUGAUAUUCGUCUGAAGCUGGUCUUCAUCAUGCCUGUUCUUCCAAAACUCAGUCCUCUUCAAUCGAGAUUCGCAGCCUCGCUUACAGCAUCCGCCGUCCUCUUACUCCUCCUCUAUCUCACUCUCUCAAAGCCACAAUUUGCAUAUGCCCUAGAGCUCGACUCUAGAACACACUUCGAAGACCAUAACCACUAUGUGAUAUCAAAGGACGGGGACGAGUUGUAUGAGGACGACGACACGGAAGAGAAGGUUCAUAUUUCUGGUCGUGCCGAAGCAGGAGUGUCAGCCCUUGCAAAUAAUGCGCCCCAGAACAGUAACAUCAACCUGGGUCAGACUCAAAACUGGGUCUUCCCUAGCGAUGCUGUCAAUGGCCCUCACGGUGCGGUGGGAACGGGUCUUCCUGGAGACGACUUGGAAAAGAGGGACCUCGAAGUCGAUGUGCCUGAACUCAAGGAACGUCAAACUGGAAACAGGAUAUACGUGUCCCUGAACACUUGCCUGCAGCCUUCAUCAAACAACACCAACAAUACCUCUGCCGAUGUCAUAUCUCCACAAUUGACCAUGUACAUAUCCUUAUCUGCGUCAAAUCAAAAGCCGGGCCCAGAUGUAAAUGAUCCGGACCAACAUACCAUCGAUGCGGACGAAGGUUAUGCUCUGUUCGAGGGCGAUGCUGACAGUGACGUCUACAUCGGAGUCUCCGCUCCAAACAGUACAGAUUUUGAAGGUAUCUGGAAUUACGAAGUGGCUGCUUCCAAUGAUGCGCCAUUCCACAAUUACAGAGAUACGACCAAUCUAUACUUCGUCGAUGGAGACAAUCAUGCAGCGCUUCUGAUCACAAACGACACCACGGAAGCCGACUCGAAUUCUACCAUAUAUCAGGACUGGAUGAAACUUAACCCACCGUGGGGAGUCUUUGCCGCAAACCAAAACGAGACCACCAUCCUGGGACUGAGGAACUCGUACUGUGGCCUCAAGAACAAUGCCCGAAUCGCUGCAAAUAUCCAAGGCAUCUCGAAUCAAAAUGUUGCCCAGAUGACCAACAGAGGCCUGGGAGGAAAGCCAAAGGAACAAUUCUACCUGAACGGGCUGAACGCAACUUCGAAAUACUGGGGCAUGCUGGCGAUGGUCGGCAACUCUACAGCCUCGGGCAACGGCGUGGUCGGCGGCGGCGGGACUGUCUGGAAAGCCAUUGACUUUCAGACAAAGACGGAAAACAAUUGUGCUCUGAUGUAUAACCUCACAUUUUGUUCUGAAGUCGCAUACGCAGUCCCCUCGAACCCCGACAAGUACCCUCCCUCUACCGGUCUUCCGGACCUCGCGGCUCUGUACGACUCGUACGCCGCCCAGAUGUACCAAUACUUCAAUUACUCUCUCCAACAAAUCCCCUGCAACACCUCCUCGAGCGCGCAGUACUCUCUCGCACGCAACUGCGACGACUGCGCGCGGGCGUACAAGCAAUGGCUCUGCGCCGUCACCAUCCCCCGGUGUGCCGACUACUCGAACAACGACGCGUGGUUGAUGCCUCGGAAUCUAGGCCAGCCGUUUGUGAACGGAUCCAGCAUCUCCACCGCCCAACUGAACGGCAACCAACAGCUGUUGACGUCCGUGGCGACCAACUCGUCGAGAAACGCCAUCAUCGAUGAGACCAUCCGACCCGGCCCUUACAAGGAGGUUUUGCCCUGCCAGGAUCUGUGCUACGACCUGGUGCAGAGCUGCCCGGCGAGCUUGAGCUUCGCUUGUCCUUCGAAGGGCGAAGGUCUAGAAAACAGUUACGGGGUCCGAAGCAACAACUCGGGCAUCAUCACGUGCAGUUACCUCGGCGCUGCCUAUUAUCUGAGCGACGCACGGUCCCUUGCGCCGUCGUUUAUCAACACCGUGGUGUUGCUGACAAUGUCACUUUUAGUCAUGCAUGCGUUCUAGCCAAAUUUUUAUCGUCGAGGGAGGCAAUUAUGAAGACGAAAAAAAAUCACCAUUGAAUCAAAAAAGCGAACACUCGAUCUUGAAAGGUGGUCCUGUCGUGGGACUUGCGUGGAGGGUGUUUGCUGGACUUUUUGAAAUAUUAAUAUCAUAUGAGGGCGAAGGCGUUCGUUCGGGACGACGGUGGAUCGUCAUGCGUGAUACGGAGUACCGUGUUUAUAGAUGUGUAACAACAGGCAAAUUGAUAGAUCUCUG